AUGACAUUUUCACCGGAAAAGAAUGUUAUUAAAAUCAAUAUUUUCAACAAAAUUCAGACAAAUUCAAAUAAAAGAGAACUAAUCAAAUUGUUGGAAGACGGACUUGUAGCAGCUAUAGUGGAGUUGUACAAAAAUGUCUGCUGGGGUGUAGUUCUCAGAGGAAACAUUGAAGCUGCCCUUGCUAUCAAAGGUAGACAUGCUAAUCUCUCUGCCCCUUAUAAACAACAUGAGGAAUGUGGGUUCCAAAAGUGCAGUGACACAAUACAAGGAGAUUAG